GCACCGGCCCGGCCUCCAGAGUUUCAAUGUUCUGACUUGCCCUAAGAUGAAGGUAUGGAAGUUUGCAGCCAUUGCAUCGAUGCUCCUCAGUUCCAUGUUAUCCAUUUUAGUUUGUAGAGACAUGCUCCACGGAAGCUGGACAUCCAGCCCCUUGCCUUCCUCGCUGUCUUCUUCACGGGCAUCUUCCUCCUCUUCCUCCUCCUCUCCCUCCUCCUCGCUGCCGGUGGCUCCGCGGAGAUCCCCACGGGCCCUGCACCGCCGCAGCUCUCUGCUCACCCAGUACAGCAGUUUGUUGGAGAGCUACACGGAGGGGGAGAUCCGGCAGCUGCUCUCAGCUCUGGUGGAGCGCUACAGCCAGGCCAUGAACUCAGGCGGCCAUGAGCUGCCCCUCUUCCCCCGGGCUGGCAGCCGCAGGAAACGCGCCCGUGCCCGCCACAAACCCUGCGCCCUGAAGGAGCUGGAGGUGAGCAUCAGCGAGCUGGGCCUGGGCUACGAGUCGGAGGAGACGGUUCUGUUCAGGUACUGCAGCGGCACCUGCGAGGCCGCCGUGCGCAGCUACGACCUCUCCCUGAAGAGCAUGAGGAGCAGGAGGAAGAUCAAGAAGGAGAAGGUUCGUGCCCGGCCCUGCUGCCGCCCGCUGGCCUACGAUGAUGGCGUCUCCUUCCUGGACACCUACAACCGCUACUACACCGUCAGCGAGCUCUCAGCCAAGGAGUGUGGCUGUGUGUGA